UCUAACCCGGAAAAUUCUUGACUUGACAGUUCGUAAACUAGCAUUAUAGAUUCAUCAUGGCUUCAAGUUUUAUACUAUUAUUAUUAACAAUUGUAGCAACUCUUUCAGAGGGGAAGAACGAUGACUGGGCAUUACCGGUUGCCCCGAGGCAGUUUCCUUUCAUUGCAAUUAUUAGAUACCAUAAUGGGGUGGUUGCCAUUGGGGCCCUGAUCUCUCGAAGCCUAGUUUUAGGCUCUGCCGUCCAUACGUCUGGCAAGCCUGGAAGCAUUGCGAUUCAAUUGGGAUGCAUUUCAGUACAUAAUUGCUCCACUCCACUGAUCUCAUCUUUCGAACGUUCUUGGCGCAGACACAAAGUACUUAUGCUUUUUCGGCUCAAUAUAUUAGCCAAGUAUAGUCACACGAUUCAAACCAUUCCAAUUGGUACUGCAAUGGAUUAUAUGACCCCAAUGUGUACAUACGUGGGAUUGAAUGGACAUAGUGGCCAGGUAUACUCGAUGUCAGUGAAGAUUUCUAAUCGAGCAUCGUGCCUAAAAAGAGUGCCUGUUCCUAGGUCCCACCGAUGUUUUGAAAAUCUUGACUCGUCUGUAAUUCUACCCGAUAAAACCCUUGGCGGGUCAAUAAUUUGCGGGACACGUUUAGUCAGAAUGAUGAGCAUGUAUUCGGUUCUUCACAAAACGGGUCCACACCGCAUGUUCGAUUUGACUGAAGUGUGAAAAAAAACUCUAAUUUUAUAUCACCUUUAGCACAAAUGUGUACUACAAAAUUAUUAUUUCCAUUGUAUAAUUUGAUCUUACUAUCAAUUUACUAUGAUAUUCGAAGUUGUGAAAUAAUUUUAUCACGCAGUAAUAUAAAAUACUGAUAAGCGCUUCAAAUUUCAGCAACGGCGUUAAUUUUCCAACUCCGGAAAUAUAAUUCUUAAGAUUGCGGCAAUAUUAUACCACGUGUAACAAAAAUUAUUGCAUUGCAAUGGAAUUUUUUUUUCUCACUGCAUUACAGCUUAUU